GGGACGAGGCGGCAUCGGUGCCCUUCGGCGAAGCGUCUUCUCGGAGCUGCCAGCCCCGCUUUUGGCAGCGCGCCCCUCCCCGCGGCGUCGGGGCGGCUCGGGGAGUGCGGGCAGCAGCAUCAUCUCUCUCUGCCCUCUCUUCUGUCCCGCAGCUCCGUAGAGCGGAGGAUUUGCGCCAAAGCCACCUUUUUUGAGAGAUGGUUCCUAAUUUGAACUCGCUUUUUGACUUCCCUGUCAUACUCCUGUACUACUGGAUGGGGACAACUUUAUCUUUGAAUUUAGAAGAUCCCAAUGUGUGCAGCCACUGGGAAAGUUAUUCGGUUACAGUGCAAGAGUCAUAUCCACACCCUUUUGAUCAAAUUUACUACACCAGUUGUACUGACAUCCUGAACUGGUUUAAGUGCACACGACACAGGAUCAGUUACCGUACUGCUUACAGACAUGGUGAAAAAACAAUGUACAGACGUAAAUCUCAGUGCUGCCCUGGAUUUUAUGAAAGCAGGGAAAUGUGUGUCCCUCAUUGUGCUGACAAAUGCGUCCAUGGUCGUUGUAUUGCUCCAAACACCUGUCAGUGUGAGCCUGGCUGGGGAGGACCCAACUGCUCCAGUGCAUGUGACAGUGACCACUGGGGACCUCAUUGCAGCAGCCGCUGCCAGUGCAAAAAUGGAGCCUUGUGCAACCCCAUCACUGGAGCCUGCCACUGUGCAUUGGGUUUCAAAGGUUGGCGCUGUGAGGAACACUGUGAUCAAGGGACAUACGGAAAUGAUUGCCAUCAAAAAUGCCAGUGUCAAAAUGGAGCCACCUGCGACCAUGUGACUGGAGAGUGUAGAUGUCCUCCUGGAUACACUGGUGCCUUCUGCGAGGACCUCUGUCCCCCAGGGAAGCAUGGGCCGCAGUGCGAGGAGAGGUGUCCGUGCCAGAAUGGAGGCAUCUGUCACCAUGUCACUGGAGAGUGUGCCUGCCCGCCAGGAUGGAUGGGGGUGGUCUGUGGUCAGCCUUGUCCUGAGGGUCGUUACGGAAAAAACUGCUCCCAGGAGUGCCAGUGCCACAACGGAGCGACUUGUGGUGCAGCAAUAGGUCAAUGCCAUUGCAGCCCAGGUUACACAGGGGAACGUUGCCAAGAUGAGUGUCCAGUGGGAACUUAUGGAGUGCAGUGUGCCGAGACCUGCAAGUGUAUGAAUGGUGGGAAAUGUUACCAUAUUAGUGGUGCCUGUUUCUGUGAACCAGGAUACACCGGAGAGCACUGUGAAACAAGGCUUUGCCCUGAGGGAAUUUAUGGCCUCAAAUGUGAUAAAAAGUGCCCCUGCCACAUGCCCAAUACCUGGAGCUGUCACCCUACGUCUGGGGAAUGCUCCUGCAAGCCGGGCUGGUCUGGGCUCUACUGCAAUGAGACGUGUUCCCCAGGAUUCUACGGCGAGUCGUGUCAGCAAAUCUGCAGCUGCCAAAAUGGUGCUGACUGCGAUAGUGUGACUGGAAAAUGCACCUGUGCCCCUGGAUUUAAGGGUGCUGAUUGUGGUACUCCUUGUCUUCCUGGGACAUAUGGAGUAAACUGUUCAUCUGUAUGCAACUGCAAAAAUGAAGCCAUCUGUUCACCAGUAGAUGGUUCUUGUACCUGCAAAGCAGGUUGGCAUGGUGUGGAUUGCUCAAUAAAUUGUCCCAGCGGUACCUGGGGACUUAGUUGUAACUUAACGUGCCAGUGCCUUAAUGGAGGGGCUUGCAAUGCCCUGGACGGAACCUGUACCUGUGCCCCAGGCUGGAGAGGAGAAAAAUGUGAACUCCCUUGCCAGGAUGGCACAUAUGGUAUGGAUUGUGCUGAACGCUGUGACUGCAGCCAUGCAGAUGGUUGUCAUCCCGCCACAGGUUACUGUCGCUGUCUUCCAGGAUGGUCAGGUAUUCACUGUGACAGUGUGUGCGCUGAGGGACAAUGGGGUCCAAAUUGCUCAUUGCCUUGUUACUGCAAAAAUGGAGCGUCCUGCUCUCCAGAUGAUGGAAUCUGUGAGUGUGCACCAGGAUACAGAGGCACCACUUGCCAGAGAAUUUGUUCUCCUGGGUUUUAUGGACACCGCUGCAGCCAGACAUGUCCCCAGUGCGUACAUAGCAGUGGUCCCUGCCACCAUAUUACUGGAUUAUGUGACUGCUUACCUGGAUUUACAGGAACUCUCUGUAAUGAAGUAUGUCCCAGUGGCAGGUAUGGCAAGAACUGCAUUGGAAUAUGCACCUGCACCAAUAAUGGAACAUGUAAUCCUAUUGAUAGAUCUUGUCAGUGUUACCCUGGCUGGAUUGGUAGUGACUGCUCUCAGCCUUGCCCACCUUCCCACUGGGGACCAAACUGCAUCCACACGUGCAACUGCCAUAAUGGAGCUUACUGCAGUGCCUAUGAUGGAGAGUGCAAAUGUACCCCGGGAUGGACAGGCCUUUACUGUACACAAAGAUGUCCCCUAGGGUUUUAUGGGAAGGACUGUGCAUUGAUAUGCCAAUGUCAGAACGGAGCUGACUGCGACCACAUCAGUGGGCAAUGCACCUGCCGUACAGGGUUCAUGGGGAAGCACUGUGAGCAGAAAUGCCCUCAAGGUACGUAUGGAUAUGGAUGCCGGCAGAUAUGUGACUGUCUGAACAACUCAACCUGUGACCACAUCACGGGAACAUGUUACUGCAGCCCAGGCUGGAAAGGGGCAAGGUGUGAUCAAGCUGGUGUAAUUAUAGUGGGAAACUUGAACAGUUUAAGCCGUACCAGUACUGCCAUCCCUCCUGAUUCUUACCAGAUAGGGGCAAUAGCAGGCAUCAUCAUUCUUGUCCUGGUUGUGCUUUUCCUGCUAGUGCUGUUCAUCAUUUACAGACAUAAGCAGAAAGGAAAAGAAACAAAUAUGCCUGCAGUGACUUAUACCCCUGCUAUGAGGGUCAUCAAUGCAGAUUACACCAUUUCAGAAACCAUCCCUCACAGUAAUGGUGGAAAUGCUAGUAGUCACUAUUUCUCUAACCCUAGUUAUCAUACUCUAACUCAAUGCACUACCCCACCUCACGUCAACAAUAUGGACCGACUGACUCUGGCAAAGGCAAAAAACAAUCAGCUGUUUGUGAACCUUAAAAAUGUGGAACCUGGAAAACGAGGCACCAUCAUGGACUACACAGGAACUCUGCCUGCAGACUGGAAACAUGGUGGCUACCUCAAUGAUCUUGGUGCUUUUGGACUUGAUAGGGGAUAUUUGGGAAAGUCUCUGAAAGAUCUCGUGAAGAACUCAGAAUACAAUUUAAGUAAUUGCUCAUUAAGUAGUUCUGAGAACCCGUAUGCUACUAUAAAAGACCCACCAGCUCUUGUACCAAAAAGUUCAGAAUGUGGAUAUGUUGAAAUGAAGUCACCGGCACGCAGGGACUCCCCUUAUGCUGAGAUCACUGGCUCUGCUUCAGCCAAUAAGAACGUUUAUGAAGUUGAACCUACAGUAAGUGUUGUCCAGGGAGCAUUCAGCAGCAGUGGACGUUUCAGCCAGGAUCCUUAUGAUCUUCCAAAAAACAGUCAUAUUCCAUGUCAUUAUGACUUACUACCAGUUCGAGAUAGCCCCACAUCCUCUACGAAGGAGGUCAGCAGUGAAUGACCCCACAAGCUGAUGUGUAGCAUAGUGGGACUCUCAAGGGGCAAAGUGGCAUUGUUAUGCUCCUUCCUCUAGUUUACCAUCGUAUUUGGCUCCUAAUCUGUCCAGCAGACAAUUGCUGUAUAUUAAACGGAAUCUCAACAUGAGGUUUGUAUUGUGUAUACAAGUGACAGAUGGACAAAUGCCACACUCUGGGGAUCCUAGUCGUUCUUUUUUUCAUGGCAGUAAAUUUUAUAGAAACAGGUAUGCAACACAUUUAUACUGUAAUAUACUGGCUUAAAAAUAGUAGUUUGCAGAUCAGUUUUGACAACAUCCUAUUUCAGUGACUUAAAUAUAAGCUUCAUGAUUCAGAGCAGAAAUUCUCACAGGACAGUGCAGUUUACCAAAUACCACUUCAUACAGGUAAUCUCAAUAACUAAUUGUGUAGAAGAAAAACUGCCGUGCCAAAUUUUACCUUCCAGUCUUAUCUUCAGUCAAGACAUAUUGAGAAACAGAUCUGAUGGGGAUAAGUAAGCACAAUGCUGCAGUUGUUUGAGAAAUCCAUCUUUAGGCUUUUUUGUCCAUUACUGGUGGUGGGCCUUCCUUGCUUGAAUAGUUGUGGAGAUCAAAGCAUUGCAUACGUCAAUAUUAUAUGCCACCUCAAGAUCUCUUGCUAUUCAAGUUCCACCACCAGUCUUCAAUAAAUCUUUUGCUGCCAUUCAUGUUGCAGUGCUGACCACUAUUUCUGCCAUACACAACAAAUAAUCCAUAACAUAUCAGUAAUUACUCAUAAAAUAUGUAAAUUAAAUCAGUUUAUUUUUGUCACCAUGGACUGAUUAUGUAAGGAGUGGAGAAAGGUGAUGACUGCUGUAAAUCUUAACUGCAAAGAAAGGUUUACAUUUUAUAAACAGGUAGUAAUAAUGACUGUAAUAUAGGAUAAAAAUAGUAAAGUGUUCUGAUUUUUUUUCUUAGAAAUAACUAAGCAAUCUCUGUGCAUACUUGCUAAAAAGGCACCUUUUCCUUUUUAUAGUUGAUGUAGGGAAACAUGCUUAAGCUGGUCUUUUGCAUUGCUAACAAUGUGACACGUUCCCCCCAUUCUUCAUUAACUUGUCUCCAUUUUUAUGCUGUGUGUCUGUGUUUCUAGUGAUCUAGCUUGUAAUUGCAAAAAUAUUCUACUGUAUGUCUAUUUCUUUUGCAUUUUUGCCAACUGGCCUUUAUUUUGUCUGGUUAAAGAGCCCUCCGGGCAGAGGGAGAGGAUUAAAGUAAGAGAUCAUGUCAUGUCUAUCAGAGGUGGUUAGCUAAUACAUAAUAGUUUAACUUAAUUGAUUGGGGAAAAAAACAAGGUGUUUUUGUUAAGGAUAAUAACAAGAAAGAAGAAGAAAA